UGUCUGUCAGCUUGUUCCGACUAGCACUUAUUCUAUGUCAGAGAACUACGCCCUGUGAUCUAUUCAUCUUCUACAAAGACAUGAAGUUAUCAUCACCAUGGCUUCACAAAGACAUCUCUCGCCCUUUUAACACACACACUCAAGGCUCAGUGGAGCUCGGAGCUUGCCGAUACCUUACUAACACUAACAUCCGACCUCCACCGCUAACAGUACCCGUUGAAACUUGAAAGAACCGCGUCUAAGUCAGAAGAGGAAGCUCAAUAUGAUCGCCUAGCCCGCUAUUACGACACCAAAAAGAGCCCGAGACAAGGGUUCAAUGGUUGAACGCUCCGGCUAAGAUAAACCGAAGGUUCAAACUUUAUUCCCACGUUUUUUCGUGUGCGAUGAUAACGAUGAUCUGGUGGAUCGGUGUUAGAAUAGUUGAUGUAACGUGGGGUUCUGUUAGUGCAGCCACCUAUAUCAAGGUGGGGUUCACCUCGACUUCACUUCAGUCCAACAACUCUCUUGCACUACACUUCUUCAACUCACCUUACGACAUCACCACAUUCUCUACAAGCCGUGAGGAACUCCUAUCAGACAUCUUACCUCAAAUCCUUGACCAAACCCACGAGCCACCACCCACCACCAGCAAAAUGGCCUCCGAACCCCAAACCUCCGACGGCCUAACCCCCACCCAACUCUCCUUCUUCCGCGAAAACGGCUACCUCAUAAUCCCCCGCGCCCUCCCCCCCCAAACCGUCUCCCGCCUCCUCUCCGAAACCCACAAGCUCCUCUCCGACUUCGACCUCACCACGCACCCCCUAACCCGCUUCCGCACCGGCGGCUCCUCCGGCCACGACCACGUCGGUGACGACUACUUCCUGUCCUCGGGCGACAAGAUCCGCUUCUUCUUCGAGGAAGACGCCUUCGACGCCUCUGGCAAUCUAAUCAAACCCAAGGAACAAGCCAUCAACAAGAUCGGGCAUUACCUCCACGGCUUGAACCCUGCGUUUGCCAGUUUGCUGGCUACUUCCCCUAAAGAUGAUGAGAGGGGGGAUGGGGAUGGGUGGAUAGAAGACCUAAAAGCGCGCCCGGCGGCCGUGGCUCGGGAUCUGGGCUUCAAAGACCCGCGGUGUCUGCAGAGCAUGGUGAUCUGCAAGCAGCCCGAGAUCGGCGGGGCGGUGCCUCCUCAUCAGGACAGCACGUUUCUGUACACCGACCCGCCUUCGGCGGUGGGGUUCUGGUACGCGUUGGAGGAUGCGACGCUGGAGAACGGGUGCUUGAGUUUUUUGCCCGGGUCGCAUUUGUGGGCGCCGAUUGAGAAGAGGUUGGUGAGAAAGGUGGGCGCGGACGAGGGCACGGAGAUGGUGGAUAAUGGGGGCCCGAGGUUCCCGCCUGGAGAACAGUAUGGGGAGGAUCAGAAGCCGGAGAGUGUGAAGGGGAGGGAGGAGGAGGAGGCGUAUGUGCCUGGGGAGGUGAAGGCGGGCGAUUUGGUCCUUAUUCAUGGCAAUAUCUUGCAUAGGAGUGAGAGGAAUUUGAGCCAGAAGGGGAGGAUUAUCUAUACGUUCCAUGUUAUUGAGGGUGGGGAGGGGAGGGAGUAUGAUGAGAGGAAUUGGUUGCAGCCGCCGCAGGAGGGGUUUACUAGGUUGUAUGCUUAGGCAUUGGCCGGUGUGUAUGAGGAUGAAGAUGAGUGGAAUCAGUUAUCUCUCGACCGUCACAAUGAAUGCAGAAAGAUGUCAUCAGGCUUUGCUCAAGUAAAAUCCGCACGACCUUAGCCUCCAAAGAACCAAAUUUGAAUCACAGCUUGGUGACUCGAAUCGUUCAGCAAGACCGCGUUGUGGAUAUUGAAAAACAUGUCAUGUUGUCUGACAAAGUACCAACUGAGCAAUUUUGGAUAGCAUCAUUUACUCG